AUGUUUUCUCUAGUUUCUGAAAAAAUACAUUAAGUUAGUUAAAAAAUAUACACAUUUAAAAAAGAGGAAAGAUUAUUAAGAAUAGAUAAUGAUGAUUGGGAAUAUUUUAUAAAAUAAAAAACUAAAAUUCUCUAAAGACUUUCUUCUUUAAUAGAUUUAAUCAAAGUCAAAGAUCACUCAUUCGAAAUGAAUAUCACUACAAAUCCAAUAUACAACAAACUUCAAUUUUUGAAUCCAAAAAAAAAAUAAUUUGGAGAAGAUCUUUUGUUGAUAUUACAGAACGAUGAAACAUUAAUUAUAAAGCUUAAAAUGUUGAUAUUAGAAAUUGAAGAUGAAACAAAAGAACUCAAAUAAUCUGGUUCAUUUUGGAAUUGUAUUCGUUGUAAUACAAUUCUUAAAGAGGGAUACAAUGAGGAAGUAUAACAAUUUAAUAGUUUAGACAUGUAUAUUUCAUUCUGGCUAACUUAAAUAUUUUUCUUGUAAAACUUGUGGAGGAGAUGAAUAUUUCACUUGUUGUAAUUAAUGUCGAGAUUGUAAUUAAGGAUGUAGAAAAGGAUUACAUAAACCAUGA